AUUAGAGACUGGUGAGGAGAGGAGACCCUGGUGAGGCACAUGUGUCAGGUGUGAGGAGAGGAGACCCUGGUGAGGCACGUGUGUCAGGUGUGAGGAGAGGAGACCCUGGUGAGGCACAUGUGAGGAGGACGACUGUGUUAGUAAACCAAACAGAAGCUUCACAAUAUUAUUAUAACGCAUACAUUUAAAACAAGAUAGAAGUUAAGAGUUCAUUAUUUCAAGAUGGCAUCAUUACGGAAUGCCAGGAAAACUCAGCAAGUGCACAGGGAACGUCACCAGCCACUUGAACGUCAACAUUUGGGAGCCUUAGAGAAGAAGAAGGACUACAAGAAACGAGCUAAAGACCAAAAUGAGAAGCGUAAAGCACUAGCAGUUCUUCGUAAACGAGCCCUAAACAAGAAUCCAGAUGAAUUUCAGUAUCACAUGAUUAAUAGUGAACUAAAGGAUGGUAUACACUUUGAAAAGGUAGGAGAUGAAGAACUUGCUGUGGGUGAUGUUGUCCAGGACUUGACUUAUAUCACUCACCGUCGGUCAGUUGAGAGAAAGAAGAUUGAAAAGUUGAAGGCACAGUUACAUAUUCUUGAUGUGGAAGAUGAUAAUCCCAAAAAUACUCACAUACUAUUUGUGGAUAGUGAAAAGGAAGCAAAGAAAGCUGACCCCUCGAAGAUUUUGGACACACACCCAUCAUUACUUGCCAGACGUUUCAACAGACUUCGCUCCAACCAGUUAGCAGAGCUUGCCAACAAUAUAAAAGACCCAUCACUUUUUAAGAAAAUGUCAUAUGCCAAGUCCAAGGCAUACAAGAAGCUGGCACAAAGGAUGGAGAGAGAAAAUAAACUACGAAUUAUGCAAGAGAAGUUGGAGGUGCGGAAGAAGCUCAUGAAUAAUAAAGGCAAAGAUGGAAUGAAGCCCAAAUUAGUGAAAGCUGGGACCAGUACGUCAGCUCCUGUGUAUGAGUGGCCUCAACGGCGGAAGACUUAGAUGAUGACAUUGUAAUUUUACAUUGAUCAUGAUUUUUUAUUGGAUAGAAAAGUAUUUGUGUUAUUAUGUAAAGAAAUAUAUUUAAUAUCUUGUUAAAAAAGAUAGUAUUAAAUAUCUGCAAACACCA